CUUAAAACGAGGGUCAGUUUAAGAGAAACACUUCUGCCUUCAACAUGAAGUUAUUUAUAAUAAACGCGGUUUUUAUCUGCACAAUUCUAAGUAUUUCUGAGGCUGCUAGUGUAAGAUCAUUAGGAUGUAAUCCUGACUACGAAACAGAGUACCUAGAUGAGCACUCUCAGCAUGCAUCUCAAGGAGUAAAAUUGCCAGUCAAAUAUGUGCCUGCCAAAGAGUAUUCGCGCCAUGAACCUCAAGGCACCAAAGGGGUAUCACACCAUGAACUACAAGGCAUUAAAGCGCAUCCAGUUAAGUAUGUUUCAGGAAUAAAAUUGCGUAAACGCAGACAUGAAGAAGACGGACUCAAGCAUUCAGCCAGGUAUAAUUCAGAAAUAAACUUGCGCAAAGGAAUACAUGAGGAAGCCGCGGAAAAGCGCAAGAAAAGAUUUGGUGGAUCUUGGAGUAUCGGUCGAUCUGGACGCCGGUACUAAAACUGCUCAAAAUAUUUUUACGUUGGAUCAGAAACGUGGAUGAUGUUUGUAAAACAAAAUGUGUCGAAUACAAGAUUGUUAUACUAAUAGAAAUAAACUGGUUUAAUAUUA